AUGACGCUAGCUGGUUCGGCGGCGGCGGCGGCGGCCACUGCCUCCAGCCUGCCGUCUUUACGCUCGCCAGAGUUGGUCACCGAGAGGCAAUUGAAGAAGGCCUUGCAAAGUUUACGGUUACUCUAUCGACCACUCCCGACUGUCUUCGACUUUAGAACGGCUGGGAAGCCGAAGACAUUCAUCCCCCCCAUCUCUACACCCGUCGGGGACUCUGGAUAUGUAUCUGAAGACGGUGAGGGUGAGGGUGACGGCGACGGCGACGAGGACACCUCGGAAAUUACACUCAACACGGUUGGUGUGAUGGACGAGUUCGACAAACAGCUUGCCACACGCUGGUUGACGACCUUGAUUGGCCGGGCCGAAGAGAUGACGCUUCUAUCGGAGAAUGUACGCGACCUGCUCGUCGAGGAGGCUGCUUCGGUGCUGGUGUGCUUCAACAGGUCCUCUGCCGCCUCGCCCGACGCCGACGAGGAAGCCCUAACCAGAGACUUCACCUUUGAGGUCCAGAUCCCGCCGCCCACCUUCUCGUCGUCUGCAGGCGGCCAACCCCACCACCAACAACUUUGCAUCCGACUCAACGAUGAUCCGCUGAAAGGUGACGAUCACACCGAUGUCGGUCUGCAGACGUGGGGAGCCUCGAUUGUCCUGUCGGAAUUUCUGUGUCGUUCAGCCUCUCAUUUCGAUCUAACGCGCUCCUGUCUGCCGUCGGCACCGCGCAUCGUCGAACUCGGCGCCGGCACCGGCCUGAUCAGUCUCACCCUCGCCAAACUCCUACCAACCCUCGGGAUCGAGAGUGCCACCGUCGUUGCGACAGACUACCAUCAAACCGUCCUUGCCAACCUACGGGCGAACAUCGCAUCGAACUUUCACCUUGAGAUGGACGACCUGCCACGACAACACGCCGACAUUCAAACGUGCACGCUGGAUUGGGAGAAGCCGCACAGCGACGCGCCUCUGGACAAGAAGGCAGACGUAAUCAUCGCUGCCGAUGUGGUGUAUGAAGUCCACCAUGCGAUUGCUUUGCGCAAAUGUGCUGCACAUCUGCUGGGCCCUCGAGGCGUGUUCUGGUUGCUUUUCUCGGUACGCGGUAGCGGUCGGUUCGAAGGAUUGGUCAAGUCAGUGGAGGCAGCAUUCGGGUCAGCUGUCCAGGACGAGCAGUUGAAAAACGAAGUCGGUCGUCGUGAACUGCAAAUCCUCAGAACCGAGCAUCUUGCCAAACAGAGGGGAGUGGGCCGAACAGACGAGAGCGAGUAUCGACUGUUCAAGAUCGGAUGGGUUGAGCCAACGGGGCCGGAGACCACGGUUGGAAGCAUCAGCAUUGCACAUGACAAAUAG